CAACCUACCGUUCCAGAACUCCAGAUACUAGUUGUGAGUCUACAGGUUGCACGGAGAUACAGUACGCGGUGCCCGGAUAAAAAAAGAAAUUGACGUGAGCACUGGGAGAGAGGAGUGUACAGGGUCCCAGGGGGGUUUACAAAGUACAUAAGUAUCAUAACUGGUAAUCUGUUCAGCCAUGGGAUCCCUAUCCGACAACAACACGAAUCCCUCCCUCGUCCUCGAAAAGGUCCAAAGUCUGAAAUUCCAGGACCGGCCAAUACCACAGCUUCAAAGCCCGUACGAUGUGCUGGUCGCUGUCAAGUUCACUGGAAUCUGCGGCAGUGAUGUUCACUACUGGCAACGCGGCAGCAUCGGCCCCUUCGUCGUAGAACAACCCGUCGUCCUCGGCCACGAGUCCUCCGGAAUCGUCACGCAAAUCGGCUCCAAAGUCUCAACUCUCAAAAUCGGGGACCGCGUCGCGCUCGAACCCGGAAUCCCCUGCCGCCGCUGCACCCUCUGCAAGGCCGGGACCUACAACCUCUGCCCUGAUAUCGCCUUUGCCGCGACACCACCAUAUGACGGCACCCUGGCGAAAUACUACUGCCUGCCGGAGGACUUGUGCUACAGGCUCCCCGAUACCGUCAGUCUGGAAGAGGGUGCGCUCGUCGAGCCGCUGAGCGUCGCAGUGCACCUUGCCCGGCAGGGUGCCGUUAACCCACGAUCCUCAGUUGUGGUAUUCGGCGCCGGGCCCGUAGGGCUGCUGUGCUGCGCGGUGGCUAGGGCGUUUGGGGCGCCGAAAGUUGUUGCGGUUGAUAUCCAGCGCGGACGGCUGGAGUUUGCACAUGUGUUUGCGGCGACGGGGACCUUUCUCCCGGCGGCAGACAGCCAGUCUUUAGAGAAUGCGGAUGCGCUGCGCCGGGAGAACGGUCUUGGACUCGGCGCUGAUGUGGUCAUUGACGCGUCGGGGGCCGAGGCCUCGAUCCACACGGGGAUCCAUGUCCUCAGGCCCGGGGGCACGUAUGUACAGGGGGGUAUGGGCCGGGAUGAAGUGCGGUUUCCAAUCACGGCUGCGUGUACUAAGGAGCUGAAGGUCAAGGGGAGUUUUCGGUAUGCGAGUGGGGACUACCAGCUUGCCAUUCAGCUCAUUGCGAGUGGGGCGGUCAGGGCUCGGGAUCUGAUCACAGGAGUUGUCAAGUUUGAGGAUGCAGAGCGGGCGUUUGAAGAUGUCAAGGCCGGCAAGGGGAUCAAGACGCUUAUUGCUGGUGUUGAAGACUGACCUUGGAGCUGAGGUUGGGUGUGAAUAUAGACUCCAAGUACGACAUGUAUCGAAAUGAAUAGUCCCAUUUUUUCACCAUAGUACAUCUAUGCAGAGCAAUUUGUUCUGUAUAUACCCAAAAGCAUAAAACCACG